UUCAGUAUUGCGGGUUGCGGCCCAUUUGAGACUCUAAUUUUCUCACUCUCUCUCUGGUUCUCUUCGAUUUACAACCGACGGAUCUAAUGAGCGGCGCAGGGAGUGCCAUCGAUUACCACCUCCAAUUCGCGGUGGUUAGGCCUUCAAUUUGGUUUACUCUUUUUACCUGUGUUGAGCAAGAUAAGUGAGCGGAUUGAUGGGGUUUCUGUGCAUUGAUAUGGUAUGGCCGUAAAUAGUGGUUUGGGGGGUUUUUCACGUUGCUAUGGUAAUGUGGAUGAGGGUUUUGUUGAUUUGUUCGGUGUUGACAGCUAAGCAACUUUUUCUGCAUGGACAGCUUGGAUGAUAUUCUCGGGAACAAUUCUUCAAACAUGUGUAAUGCAUUGGAUGGGGAUGAUUCUUUUAAAAUGGAUAACCAAGUAGAUGGGAAACCUGAAGUUGGUAUGGAGUUUGAUACUUUAGAUGAUGUAUGGGAAUUUUGGCAAAAGUAUGGAAGGCAAAUGGGAUUUGGUGUUCGGAAGGAUUAUAAGGGUAAGAGUAAAAAAGAUGGGGUUUUGAUACGUGCUGUAUUUGUAUGUUAUAGAGAAGGUUUCCGAAAAGAAGAUAAACGAGUUGUAGGUGAAAUUCGUUCUCGAUGGGUAAGAAUUGGUUGCAAAGCGAGGUUGUAUGUAAUUUUAGAACGAGAAACUGGAAAAUUCAAAGUAAGGGAAUUUGUGGAGGAUCAUAACCAUCCUCUUGAACUUCCUAAAACUAGUCCCAUGUUGAGAUCACAUAGAAAAAUGACAAAAGCCCAGGCUUUGGCAAUUGAGUUGUCUUGUAAUUCAGGAUUCACCCCCAAUGCAACACAUGGGUUGAUGAGUAGGGAAGUAGAUAUGAGUGCCGAUCAUGGUACCUGCCAUCUACAUCAGAAAACCAGUGUCCAAACAAUUGGAUCUGUUAUUUCUCAAAACUUGACAACUGCUGAAUCUCAAUAUGCUUUGGAGCAUGCUCUUGCAAAGAGGGCAGUUGGACUUGUAAAAUCUGGAAUGGUGAUUGGCCUGGGGACCGGAAACACGGCAUCUAUUGCCAUUGAAGAGCUCGGGAAAUUGAUUAGACAAGGCCUGUUGAAAGACAUAGUUGCUGUUGGGGUAAAUUGCCAGUCACGAGUUGUAGCUAGACUAUGUGGUAUCAAAACAGUUGAUCUGAAUGAUGUUAGCAACAUUGACAUCUCUUUUGAUGGGGCUGAUGAAGUCGACUUCAAUAAAAAUCUACUGAAGGGUGGGGGAGGUGCACAUACCAUGCAGAAGGUGAUUGAUUCUGUAGCAAAGGAGUGCGUGAUAUUUGUUGAUCAUACAAAGGUUGUUCGCCAGCUGGGUAGCUCAUUUCCAGUUCCGGUAGAAGUUCUCCCUCUGGCGAUAUCACCUGUUCUGAGACGGCUUGUUACUCUUGGAGGAGUUCCUGAAAUUCGGUCUGCCUUGAAGAAGGAUGGUCCAGUGGUCACAGAUCUAAGGAACAUUUUGAUAGAUGUAAGCUUUCCCAAUGGGAUACAUAAUCCGGCAGAUCUCGAGGGGUGUAUUAAUAUGAUUCCUGGUGUGGUAGAAAAUGGAAUUGUAUCCGGCACCGCACCCACUGUUCUGGUUGGCAUUGAAAAUAAAGGUAAUGCCACUGUGAUGACUUUGGAGGAGUUCUGGAAUGUUGUGAUUUCCCACAGAGAUGCAAGUUCUACCCGGCAGAUGCUUUGUUAACGGGGGGUCGUGUAGCUGCAAUGGUGAAAGAGAGCAUCGAUUAUAGUACCGGGUUAAGCAACCGGUUUGCCCUUUGUGUAAAUUUAUUCCGGAUUAUGAUAUUGCAAUUGUAUUAAUUAUUGCCAUGUGUACAUAGCAUUAAAGCUUGCAGGUAUUGUUUAGUUGAUAGUUCUGCAAC